AUCCAUUCUCAAGACUAACUGCCUGGUAGGUGCCAACAUAGGUGGCUUUGUUGCCUACCAAGUAUUAUGAAAAGACAUUCACUACCUUUGCUACCGGCACAGAUCUUUCAUGGUAACCCAAUGCAUGCUUUCUGCAUCGUAAGAUUCGUACCAGGUAGCUUUACAGACCCCACUCCCAUGCAGCUUCUAUUGCGUGCUUCUCCAGCGGGUUAUUAUUAAGAAUCACAUUCGCUAUCCCCCUUACGGAUCAUGUUGGAUGAGCAAAGCAUGCAUUCCCAAUUCUGUUGUGACUCUGAUGGCGACAACGCUGUUCGGUGUCAUCGCAGACCCUUCUAUAAAGCCAUGCCACGCCCAUUGCUUCUAAGUAGACCAGUUCUUUGUUAGACCACUUACUAAGAUCUCAUUUCAUAUGUGAAUUUCAAAAUGGGGAAUCUCGAACCUUUCAAAGUGAUCAUAGCUGGCGGUGGUGUCGCCGGUUUAGCCUUAGCUAACACGUUGCAGAAGGCCGACAUUGAUUUCGUCGUCCUAGAAAAUCGAGAUGUCGCUCCUAAGAUAGGGGCAUCUAUAUGUCUAAUAUCCAAUACCGGAAAGAUAUUCGAUCAGCUUGGCGUCUGGAAGACUAUCUGUGCUUUGAACCCACCCCUCACGAAUCGUUAUCACGUUGAUGAGCGAGGAAGGCUAUUUGAUGAUUCGCCGAUGUUCAGGGAGGCGAUGGAGCAGACCGGUAGACCGAUAUUGUUCAUGGAACGCCACUUCUGUCUCAAAACUCUGUACGACAACAUCGAAGAUCAGUCCAAAGUCCGUGAAAAUACAGGCGUCGUGUCCUUUUCGGAAGACGAAGGUGGCGUUACGGUGCUGACCAGUAGUGGGGAGAAUAUCAGGGGUAGCAUAUUGGUGGCGGCGGAUGGCGUUCACAGCACUAUCCGGCGUUUGAUAGCUGAAUCGGUCGCCGAGAGUGACCCGGAGAGGUCUCAAAAUCUAAUCCGGCCAUAUACUUCAAGUUACAGGACAGUCUUCGGUACAUCACCAAGCCGGCCUGAAGCCGAUGCCCAGGCCUCGGACGGGGUUGUCUAUCAUGUCUAUUCUAGAAACCGAUCAGGCAUCACGACUCCGGGUCCGAAGGGACUCAUUUUCUGGUUCCUAUUCAUAAAGGAAGAAACCACUUACACCACACCGGAUGUUCCGCGCUACACAGAGUCCGACGCUGCUGCUAGCGUCGAGAAAUAUGGAGAUCUAACUGCUUGCCCUGGGUACUUAUUUCGCGAUCUUUGGAACACCCGGGUCAAAGGUGGUAUGGUGACUCUGGAAGAAGGGGUAGUUCGAGGUGCCUGGAAUAAUGGUGGCAGAGUCGUACUUGUUGGGGAUGCUACGUGCAAAACAACAAUAAAUGGUGGUAUAGGAGGCAAUCUCGCCGUCGAAGGAAUCUGCAACCUUGCCAACGAGCUCGUGUCGCUGGUCCGAGGAACACCGACACCCACUACCCAGAACAUUACGGAUUCGUUCGAGAGAUACGAACAAAAGCAGCGCCCGAGAGCCGAGAUUGCCUACAUGUCUUCAAAUAUGGCGACACGUUACGAGGCGAUGGAUACUCCUUGGUUGCGGUUUUUGCGGUGGUUAUCAUCUUGGAUUCGCCUAGGGUCGGAGACGAAAGCAAUCAUGGGUUAUAUGGGACCGGCGCCUUUCCUCAAUUUUCUACCAGACCCUGACGUGGACGGAGCAAGUCUGCCCUCAAACUAGAUACUGGGUAACAAUGAUCCAAUGAACCCUAUAUUAGUAAGUAGCUCAUGAGAUAAUAUUCAUUCAACAAGACUUAUAUACCUAGUA